AAGCCAUCCGUGGAAUUUCUGCCAAAAAUAGAUCCUGGCGUUGACCCAUCUUGAAGAAUGUUAGGUUUCAAGGUGUGACUAGCUGCCAAACAGAAUUACACUGGAAAAAGAGGCUAAUAAUGACUUUGACCAUGUCGCCGAGUUACGUCCCUCGCGGCCCCCUUUGAUGUCAGCCUCCAAGUCGUCACUGGGAAAGGUGAGAGCCUGAGAAGCCGUGUGACAGGUGAUAAGUAUUGUGUUUAGUUUUGUGAUCCCAAACCAGAACCGCUGUUGCUUGCUGUUGCAGACAGCCAACGAUCGCAGCGGCGCCAUUCGCUGAAUCCAGUGCGAGGGCAGCUAAUUUCAACAUGGCGGAGUGGGAAUAUUAUACUUAGAGGUACAAAUGGAAUGAAAAACAAAAAAAAAUGGAUGAAAGAAUUGGACUUCUUUUAGAAAUAGGAUAGACACACUUCUUCUAUUUAAGAAAGUUUUUUUAAAAUUUAGCUUUGUGUGUGAGAUAUAGUUUUAUGUACAUGAAAAAAAUCAAGAGGUGAAAGUUUCAGAAUUUUUUUCCCAACAUCCAUGAAAACAAGAAGCUGAAAUCAUGGAAGGAGAUGAAGACAAAUUAUUACAGAAAUCAGUUUCUUCACCAAAAGUAAGCAGGCCAAAAUUGCCUCAUUUUGCUGGAUCAGGUAGUCGAUCAAUUAGUCCUCGUUCAAAAACCGACCCUGGUCGUGGGGAAAUCAAAGCUAUCAUGGAAGAUAUCAUGAAUUUGAAAAAGACGGACUGGAAAACAUUCAGUCGAUCCCGAACAGCUCCACUACCUAAAGGCAAGUCUUUAUCAACCAACACAUCCCCAAAUGCUUCCCCUCGGAUUGGAUCUCCAGUGUCAGAAGAGUCUAGGAGUUUAUCACGCGACAGGAGUAGAAGCUUAAAGCUACUCACUGACCGCUUAAAAAAUAAAAAUUCCAAACAGACUGUUUCAGAAGAAUCAAAGCCGUCUGAAACAGUAGUUGUUUCACGAACAAUCGAGCUGCAAUCCCCGGUAAAGCCAAAUGAACAGAGUACUGCUCUUCCUAAUGUUCCUGGAUCAAGUUUUGAGCCGGGUGGGAGCCCCAGAAGAAGUCCAGAGAGACGUUCAGUGGAAAGAACGUACGAACAAAUUCCUGAAUCUCCUGAGGAUGUAGAGCAAGAAGAGUUAGAAGGGACAAAGUCCCCUCUAGCCGCUUCCUCUGAUGAAAGCUUUCGAUCAGCGCCAGAAAGUGUUCCAGAAGACUCGCAUGUUGUGCAUGAGAAGAGCCCUGAGGGUGACUACCAGAGGACAUGGGAGAAGUCCCCAGACAGUGAUGGCGGAGAGAGCACGAGGUCUCAGGAAGACUUCAGCAAGGUCAAAGAGCUUCAGGAUAAACUUCCAGAAGACGAGGGAGCCUGCGACAGCGGUGACCAUUCGGCCCCAGUCAUCAGUACUUACAUUUAUCAUCCUAUUCCACGCAACUCAAAAUUCUUACAGCUCGCUGCUACCAAGCCUCCAAAACGUUACCCAUCAGAAAGAAGAUCUGGCAUUGCAAUGCUCUCACCUCGACCUAAAAUGGGCUCUGUUGGUAAAGCCGGGGGUGAGGAGUCUAAAUCCCCUGAGCCUCACUUCCCAGAAGACCAGCCUCACCAAAGAAUUCAGCGUCGAAGUGGCUCUGGCAAGUCAAGCGCACAACUAAAAUCGCCUCGGGUUGUAACGCAUCCGCCUCGCUGUAAAACACCACAGAAGGACAGUCAGUGUAUGGACACUAAUGGAUUCACAGCAGGGAAAUCCAGUGCAGAAAUGGAAGAGGAGCAAAAACAGAGCAGCCAUAUUUCUGCAACGGAGUCUGCUGGCGAGAUGUCUGAUGAUAAUUUUCAGGAUGUAGCAGAAACCAUUGCAGCAGACAGCACUGAUGUUUCUGAUCGCAAAAAUGGUAAGUCUACCAAACAGAAAUCCAAAAGUGAUCCCAGCGGAGAUCGAGCUCGUGAUAACCUUGACUUUCCUUUAAAUAUAGAAACUCCACAGUUUCGAAGUGCUCCUUUGCUCUCUAAAGAAGACUUGGAAGCAUUAGGAAUAGAUAAAACAUUGAUCUUAGGAGACGCUGACAGCAAACAGAAAUCUCAAUCAGAAAUUAUUCUUUCAACGCCUUCCAACAUGGGAGAGGAGGUUCUGGAUUACCACAGUUCAGCCGGGGAGGACGAUGAAGGUGGCAGUGGUGAUUUCAAAACAUCAGACACCACCACAGACUGUGAAGUGGCUCAUAGCACAUCCAAAUUUUCUAUUUCACCGGCGGUGUCUGCGCCAGUGACCCCACACGGUCCUUCGCCCUCGCCCAGCUACACACUAGAAUGCCCUUCCAACCUCCUGAGUGUGCCUCUAACUUCAGGCCCAGGAAGGAAGCCUAACAUUUUCCGCAGUGCUAGUUCCGCUAGUGUUUUACAGAGCAGAAAGCCUGUAGGAACUCCAUUAAGAGACAAAGAUGUUGUUCGAAAGUACAGUAUUACUUCAGAUGAGGCAAUGCUUAAUUCUAAAUCAUCGGCAAACUUGGUUCCAGACUUUCUGCCCAUUGGAGAUACUGGCAAUGCUGCGUCGAUGCCUGCUGUAUGGAAUAAGGAUAGACUUUCUAGCACAGCAGAUUCGCCAGAAAGAGAACCAGGAUUUAUUAAGGAUAAAAGAUACCACAUUGUUGAAGAACUAUACAAGAAUGAGAAAGAAUAUGUUGAAGCUUUGCGGACAUUAAAAGACAAAUAUAUGGUUCCACUUAAAACACAGAGCAGUGUGGACGAUAAUAUUGUGGACAAUAUUUUUUACAUGAUCCCAGAGAUCCUCACUCAUCACUCCAUUUACUUGGACUUUUUGGACAAUGUGUGGAAGCAUUGGGACACAUCACGCAGCACAGUAGGGAAUAUCAUCAUAACAAUUUUUGCCAAGCAGACAGUCUUAGAGAGCUACAUGUCAUUUGUAGAAAACUAUAAGGCUUCUGGAAAAGUCAUUGAAAAUGCACUCACCACAAAAUCAUCUGUACAGAAAUUCAUUGAGCAAUGCCAGAAAGACAGUGGCAGCAAAUUGACCAUGAAAGAUUUGAUUGUUCGUCCUAUUCAAAGAAUACCCAGAUACGAGUUACUUAUUCAGAGAUUGCUGGACAACACGCCCAGAGACCACCCAGACAGUCCCCUCCUUCAGCAAGCUUGCCGUGUGAUGCAUGAUCUGGCCGUUAAGAUUGGCACGGUUAACGACUCACAGCACGAAGAAGACAUGCAAGAAACAUUAAAGAAACUUGAGCUCUUGUUGAUUACAGAUCUGGCAGUCCCAGACAGAGCAUACAUCCGCCAUGACAUGGUUCAGUUAUUUAACAAAAAGGAUCAGUGUUGUAUAUGGCUGUUCUCAGAUGUUAUUCUUAUAAGCAGUAUUAAAAGAAAAAGUGGCCCAGUCACUAGGAAAGUUUCAAUCAUAUUGAAAACCCCACUGGGCCAAGAUUUUGCUGAAAAUAUCAAACAUAAAGUAUGGCUUCGUGUCGGCUUGGAUGAUCUCGAGAUUGUAAAAACUCAGGGUACAUUGUCACGCAAACCUACAAUAGAUAGAGAGCAGGUGGAGGAAGAUUUUAAUGUUGUGACCCAGUUGGCAGAACUUGCGGGCAAGUUAUCCUGUCAGCAUCAGGGCCUCGAUGAUGUGAUAAAAGAUUUAAGCACUAACCUGUCCAGGCAGCUUUCCGAGGCAAAUGCCAGGAAUGCCUCAUCAGACUCCAAUAAGAUGGAGCUGCUAGUCACCUCACAGGAGGGUGUGUUGCACCUUGUCAUUGGCUUCUCAUCAGCAGAAAAAAGGGCAACAUGGGAAAUUGCUUUUACAGACGCUAAGCAAAAACUUUCCCUACUGUCAGACAAGAGAGCUCCAGAGUUUCUUCAGCCUCUCCAGAUAACCAAGACUAGAGCUGGAAUGCAGUUCUCCUGUGCUGCACCUAUUGAUGGCGUCAACUCAAGCGGGUUCAGAGAUGUGUGGGUGUGCAACAGUGACGGCUAUGUGGGGCACAUGUGUUUGUUGUCUCUACAACCUGAGCCCAUUGUCACACUCAACACCCCAGUGCCUGGGUGCAAUGCUAGGAUACUUUGUAUAUGUGCUGUGCCAGCCUUCAGUGGUGCCUUUAGGAGACGCACAUCCCAAAAAGGACCACGGGGUCAGCGAGACUCAAUUGUGGUUUCAACCAUUCCUGAGGGGCCACGCAUCAACGUGGAAAAAGCAGUUGAAGACAUCGAGCCACCAGAAAUUACAUUACCCAGUGAGACAGUCAUCCCUGAGGCUCCAGUUUUGGUGGAGCACAGUGAGAGCAAUGACAAUUUCAAUGAGGAGGGCUACCAGUCAGACUCUGACUCAAGCGAUGAUGAGCCUGUGUCUUUCAUUACCAGGACAGAUGAGCUGUAUGUUGGAGAGCUUAUCUCAGACGAUGAAGCUCCCAAACCAAAAGUUUCAGAGCUGACAGAGAGCAGCCCAGAUCCCAUCACAACUUCUGGGAACUGGGAUCAGGACCCAGCCAAAUCUACCAUGUGGCUCGGCACUGAAGAUGGAUGUAUUCACAUCUUCCAAUCCUGUGAUAACAUAAAGACGACCAAAAAUAAACUGAAGAUUCAACAUGGGUCACCUGUCUAUUGUAUUAUUUAUCUCGACAACAAAGUUUUUGUCUCCCUUGUGAAUGGAGAUCUGAUUGUGUACAAAAGAGAUCCAGCAGAGGGCCUGUGGGACACAGAAUGCCCAUACACAAGAACCAUUGGAUCAGCUGCUUCACCUAUCACCAAGAUGUUGGCUGUGGCUGGCAAACUGUGGUGUGGAUGUCAGAAUCAAAUUCAUGUCAUCAAUCCACUUGCAUUAAAUAUUGAGACGUCUUUUCAAGUGACAUCAGACUCAACCAAAGCCGUCCAAUGUCUUGUGUGCUCAGGUCAAGGUGUUUGGGUGGCAUCACAGCAGAGUUCAAAGGUCAUGUUGUUUCAUGCUGUGACCUAUGAGUUCCUGCUGGAAGUGUCCAUUGCACAGGCUGUGUCUCAGAAGCUGCAGUCGGCAGAUGAUAUAAUCCGUCAACACAAGGCAGCAUGCCUGCGCAUCACUGCACUGAUGGUAUGUAAAGAUUUACUGUGGGUUGGAACAAGUGCGGGUGUCAUCCUUACCAUUCCAAUACCACGCAUCACCUCAACAACCACACGUGGGAGUCUGGCUACCCCCACUGUUACAGGUCUUGUGUAUGGUCACACAGGCCAUGUGCGGUUCCUGACUAGUGUAGAAAUCAGUAGCACAGCUAGUACUAAAGCAGAGCUAGCCAAGGAAGGGGAAGGGGCUGUGGUUGAAAGGACAGGUGGCUUCUCAUUUCAAGACAUCCACAGGAGAUCUUCCAUGGCCGCCACAACAGCCACCAUGGCAAGUCGCAUGCUGGUCAUCAGCGGAGGUGAUGGAUAUGAAGAUUUUCGCAACAGUGCAGCAAACGAAGGUGCUGGCCGAGAUGAUAGUACCAAUCACCUUUUACUGUGGCAGGUUUGAUUUGAGAUCAAGAUUAUCUUACGAGCUUGCCUUGAGGCAUAAAGUGUGAUAUAAGAUGCCAUAUAAUGACUUAUUCGUGACAUUUUCAUUCUUGCAUUUAAUAUUCACCAAAUUUUUGUGAGCUAUUUAUUUAUUUUUCUUAUUUAUUUUUCAUGUAGUACUUGACAAGAAAUCUCAGCUUUUACAGUUUCUAAAAAAAUUUUACCAUGAAAUUUUUUAAAAUAGAAAUUUUAGUCUAAAAUAAGUUGUUUUUUUUUUAAAAAUAUGUUGAGUUUGUCUAUUGUAUGUGGACCUAAAAUAAAAUGUCAACUUUUUUUUUGUAAAACUUUGUGAUAUCAAAUUUAUUUUCAUAACAUUAAAUUUGCUUACUUGUACGAGUAGAUUUAGAAACUAGAUGUUUACACUUUUUUUUUAGAAGAAUUGUGAAAGGCUGUGCAAAAUUAAUUUAUACAAGAACAAAUUUUGUGUGUUAAACUGUUAUAGCCAGCUCACUGUAGAUAAUCAGUAGACCAGCAUGUCAGUUUUUGCAUCAGUAACAUGCUAAACUAAGAUAUUCAAUCAUUGCAUCUUAUUGCAUCUGUUGAAACAAUUGUUUUUGCUGGGUACUAAAUGUUUGAUCUGGUCAAUGAGUGCCAUAAACACCAUCAAUAAUCAUAAAGCCUCCUCAUCUCAAUUUUAGUUUAGUUGUAUUCUCUUACUCUUUAUUACAAACUGGCAUAUCAUCAAUUUUUAAAAGAGGAAUUACAUUUUUUUAAAGUAGUAUUAAAGAACAAAUUGCAUGAAGAAGUCAACAAAGGUAUUAUGCAAACUUUAUUAUGUUUCCUUUUUUAAUAAAGAAUAUGAUAUUAUUUAUGGAAUGUUUUAGUUAUGUAAUAAUUGUUGAAGAGCGAUAGUGUUCAAAACCUAAUAUAGCAUUGUCUUUAAUUUACAAUCAGUAUUUCAAUUCCACUGUAAAUAAAAAAAAUAUUUGGCAGAUUUAUAUAUUUAGUAGAGAAAUUCAGUUGUACAGUAUUUAUCAACAUAAGAAUAGUGUAUGCACUGUUAAAAUUGAUGUUGGUUGUGAAAGCACAUUUUUAAAUAUAUGUGCAUUUAUGAAGGUACUAUGAAUUUGACUGACUACAGUUUAGAUUUAUCAAAUGCUUAGACUUUCUUUUACACAUGGUACAGUUUGAACAUCAACCUGAGUGUGAUAUUGAUAAUAAAUUUUUAUGUGAAUUAUUUUAGCUUUAAUUGAUUAGAAAAAGUAUUUUACAACGAAUGCUAACUUCUAAAAAGGCAUUUUUAUAAUUUUAAAACUGUAUAGAUCUAAGUAGUUUUACAUAAUGUUAUGUACCUAAUUUUAAAUAUUAGCUUUUAACAAAUACCUUGAUAGUCUUCAAUCAAACUAUUGUUUAAGUUUAAGUGUACAGCCAUCAAAACUACAAAUACAAUAGAAUUAACUUCUGGAUAAAAAUUAAGCAUUCAGGUUCAUGGCUUUUGUGAAAUCACUGCCAUUUGUUACAGAUUGUAGAUCUAUCAGAGUUUCUGAUAUUUUGUACUUGAAAUGUUAUUUUUACACUGAAAUCAAAUUAUUUUAAUUAAUCUACAGGAAUAUUGUCAUUCUUUUUUUAAAACCCAGAGAAUAAUAUCGUUGAAUCUCACAAUGUAUUUAAUUACAAAAACUGUUAGUUUUUAUACAAAUCUAUCUUUUUAACCCUGAUAUUUCAGCCAAAUAGAUAGUUACAUUGAUAUGAUUGACACACACUUUUUGUGGAAGAUCUUAACAGGCUUAUUAGGUCUGAAACUGAUAGAAGAUCAUGCCUUCAAUGGCUUCCUACUCUGUCAUUCUAUUAGAAUCAGGUUGCAUCACUGAUUGCCUCUAUCAAUUACGGCACAUUUUAAUUAAAGGACAAGUUGUAUAAAUUUAAAGCGUAAAGUAUAUUUUUGAUUUUAAAAGUUCAAACAACUGCAUCAAAAUUUUGAUUUAAUUUUGUGUUAACUUUGAAAUCCAUAGUUUAAAAAAAGUGAAGGUGCUUAUAAGUCUAUUAUUCAAGCUUAUUAGUAAAAUGUUUGAGAAAUCUAAUUUACUAAUAUUUGUGGAAUUGUUUUUUUGAACGAGUAAAACACCUUUUAGUUCACUAAUUACUUGUGAGUAUAUAAAUUAAUUUGUUUCACUACAGUGCCUUAUAGUAUAGAACAUAAUCAAAGAAAGAGAUUCACAAACACAUACCACUAUGCUUCAUCUGUUCAGUGCUUUGAUUUCGCACUUGUAAUGUACAUUUUUUAUUUACUUUGAUAAAUGAAUAAUCUGAUUCUGUACAUAUCCAACUGUAUUUAAGAGUACAUAUUUCUAACAAAAGUGUAGUGCAAUCUUACCUUUCUUGGUAUAUACACAUAUUUUUUAUUCUUUACCAAAAAGUUUUUUUAUCACUUAGCUGUAAUAUGAACCUGAGUUUGGUCCAGUGCAGAAAUAAAUGUAAAUUAGUCAUAGAAUAAUUAGAAUGUUAUUAGCAAACCAUGUGUACAAGUCAAUAGUUUGUAAAUAAAGUAAAAAGUAUUACUGAUAUGACUGAAGGAGACCUUGGACUCCUUGUGCUCUGUAAGGGUAAAAUGACAUAACUGCCAUUGGAUAUUACUAGCCGAAAUCUGUAAAUUUAAUUCAAAAUAUAUACUGAGUUGAUUAUUUUAAGUCUUUGCCCACAGCAUUUAUUUAUACAAAAAGGUUUAAAUAAACUCAA